UUCAUAAACGAGCGGACAUUAAUACCCAUGUUUCCUCUCCUGCAGACGUUCGCGCCCAAGCAGCAUUCCGAUUCUAGUGGUCCUAUUGGAGAGUUCGUUGGGAUUCCCUUUGUGCUUUGAUGACAAAACCCCCACGCGUGGUAGCUCCACCAGUUUCAUCGGGCGCUUGUCAACCCCGCAUUGACAUUCCCACUACGAUACUACCACGGACAGACUGCGAGCUGACCACACCUCGGAAUGAAGAGUUACGACGGUUGCUGGACAUGCCGCCUGAGGAAGAAGCGGUGUGACGAAAUACGUCCAGUAUGCAGGAACUGUUCGACGCUGCAGAUCACCUGCCAUUUCGAGGAGGAGAAGCCACUUUGGAUGGACGGCGGAUUAGGGCAGAAAGAGAAAGCCGAAGAAAUCAAGCGCGAGGUCAAAAGUGCUGCCGCCCGCCGUCGCGGAGUCCUAUCCUUUGACGUUUUGGAACCAAUUACCGUCGAGCCAUCCCUGGACUCAAGCACUCGUACGAUUUCACCACCUACGCUCUUUAGCACCGACUCAACACCAAGCAACGGCUAUGUAGAGCCCUGGAGUAAGCUCGAAGGGUGGUCUGCAAGCGACCCACCCAAGAGAGAACCAACCGAAUCCGAGCUCGAUCGUCGCUUUGUGAUGUUCUACUUUGACCAUUUCUUCCCGUUCCUAUUUCCAUUUUACAAACCUUCGCUGCUCGAAGGUGGACGUACCUGGGUUAUGGAGCUCGUUCAGAGUGACCAGGUCAUGUGGCAUACUACACUUGCCUUUAGCUCGUAUUUCGUCUCAGUAACUCUGGAUGGCGCGGUCUCGGGGCACAGUGUAUGCAAGACGCUUGCUUGGGAGAAGCUCUUGAGGCAGAUGGGCGUGACGUUCGCGACGCUCAAGUGCAACCUCCAGGAAGCAGCAUCAGCCAACAUACAAGACGUAAUGGUCAGGACAGUCAGAACUAUGGGAAGCAUCAUCCAGCUACAACGGCUCGAGAUAGCAGUCGGGAACUUCGAAAACUGUCGAAAGCACCUGGGGGCAGCCAACUCGCUAUUCCGAAGGAUUAUGGACGGUAGCGAGUUGCUCAACUUUUGCGCUGUCCUAAAUGUCCUGGGACGUCCACUUUGGUCCAUAAAGUCUCAAGAACGCGGAGCCUGGAAUUCCGACCAAGCAGCUUUUCGGUUUUACUCGGCGCUCCUCAUUGUAGACGACACAGUCGCAGGUAUAUGCACAGGCGAAGCGCCCGAACUGCUCCACUAUCACGCCCAACUGCUCACGAGCGACAGGAGUGCGGAAGAGAAACCUCCGCUGAGCCUGGAGGAGUUCGUAGGCUGCGAGAACUGGGUUAUAUUACAGAUGGGCGAAAUAGCUGCGCUCGAUGCAUGGAAGAAGGCUGCUAAGAAGGCUGGCAGGCUCGAUAUGAUGGAAUUGGUUGCGCGCGCGUCAGCAAUCCAGCGGGCACUGCUCGAAAACCUCGCGCGCCUCGACGCCGCAGUGGAUACGUCCCAGUCCGGCUGGCUUGGCUUGUUCAGAGUCUACAACGACCAGCUACCACCUAUGCCAGGCGGGUGCGCCGUAUUCGUCACACGUGUGUGGGCGCAUGCCGCGUUGCUUUACCUCGCCGUAUCGGUAUCCGGAUGGCAGCCUGGAAGCGUUGCGAUUCGCGAAAAUGUGACCCGAAUUCUGGGCCUCCUGGAGCGGAUGUCGGCACCCGAACUAUUGCGUACAGUUGUUUGGCCGUACUGCAUUGUGGGGUGUCUUUGCGAACCCGUUGAAGAGGUCCGAGUGCGUGCUAUGGCGGAGGCGCUGGCGCCACAUCGCCUUUUCGGAACCGCGCGCAAGGCUCUGGAAAUUAUGGAGAACGUCUGGAAAAGAAGGGAUGAGCUGACCGUCGAGACGGACUUCGCGACAUGCAUCCGCAGCCUGGGCUACGUCUCCUUAUUGGUCUAACGGACAAAAUGCAGUUGUGCGCCACCCGCGCGGCUUAUAGGCAAUCCUAUUCCGCGCGGGUUGUGGAUCCUCCAGUGCUUCAGUCUCCUAUGGUCACGUGACUGAUUCAGCAGUUCGUUACCGUUCAGUAACGAGACACAGCGUAGUUCGUGCCAUCGAGGUGCAUCUUUAUGCUCCAUUUCGCAGUAUAAACAGCGUC